GUAGCUGUAGCCGCCAUGGAGCGGGCUGAGGGCCGGCCCGGCGCCCCCCAGUACGUGCAUGUGCAGCUGCAGGGGGGCGCGCCCUGGGGCUUCACGCUGCGCGGCGGGCUAGAGCACGGCGAGCCCCUCAUCGUCUCCAAGGUGGAGGAUGGGGGCAAGGCUGCACUGUCCCGCCGGCUGCAGCCAGGUGAUGAGCUGGUGAACAUCAGCGGGACCCCACUGUACGGAUCCCGCCAGGAGGCCCUCAUCCUCAUCAAGGGCUCCUACCGCACUCUGAAGAUGGUUGUUCGCAGGAGGAGCGUGCCCGUCUUCCGGCCCCAUUCCUGGCAUGUGGCCAAACUUGCCGAAAGCCGCCCAGACGUCCCCACCAUGCACUGCCCGGCUGAUGCCUUCAGCUUCUCCUGGCCUUCGGGGUGUGAUGUCAGCAGCAAGCUGUCCCUGCAGUGGAACCCACUGUCCUGGCACUGCAGCACUGACCGGAGCAGCUCCAUCGGGAGCAUGGAGAGCCUGGACCAUCCCAGCCAGGCCUGCUAUGAAGGAGACCCCUCACCCGUUGACCAGGGCAUGUACCACAGUAAGCGGGACUCGGCCUACAGCUCCUUCUCUGCCAGCUCCAUUGCCUCUGACUGCGCCCUCUCUCUCCGUCCUGAAGAGGCCGUGUCCAUUGAUUCCAGCCUCCAAGGCCCCCGCAAAGCCCCUGACAGGCACUACCUGACCACAGGGGCUGAGCCAUCUGCCAGCUGGCACCCUGAGGCCUGGCGGGCACCAGUGCCCCCCCAGCCCCCUGUCAGGAGGGACAGCCUGCGAGCAGCCCCAGCUGGCAGAGGGGACAAGUGCCAGGCCUCAAUGUCAGCGGAUAUGCUGCAUGCCAAGGGCCGGUGGAUCUCUGACACCUUCCUCUGCCAGCGGGAUGGGGAGGCAGAAAUAGUGGGCAGGAGGAAACUGGCGCCAUACCCCACAAAGGACUGUCUCUCUGCUGACCAGUAUUACAUGCUGAGCUCCCACCCGGACCGUUGCCCAGCUGAGCCACUCCUGGGGGAGAGCAUGGAGUCUGACAACCAGCCAUACGUGGAUGACAGCAUGCACCAAGUGCCUGAUGCCACAACAGCAGGUGACAACCCAUUGCUGUCCCCUCUCAAGGGCCACGUGUCGCACCGUCACAGUGCUCCCGAGCAACUGCUGGCCUCCCAGUUCCGCUCUCUCCAACUGGGCACCAACAGCGGGCGAGCCUCUCCAGCCCCCAGUGGGCAACACUGGACCUUGUCUCCGCUGCAUCCUGAGGGCAGCCGAGGGGGAACCACAGGGGCUGCCCAGGAUCCCCCGCACUGCCCAGAGCCUGGCUGCCGCCCACCGCCCUGCCACUGCUGCCCUGAGCUGCAGCAAGCCUGCGGGCAGGAUGGCCGGGGGGCAAGCCCAGUACUCAGCACUGAGGGGCCAGUGGAGGAGGAGAGCCGUGGAGGGGCCCGGCGGGCUGGGGGUCCUCCCCACCGCUCUGCUCAGAUGCGCCGCCGCAGCGACCGUUUUGCCACCAGCUUGCGCAACGAGAUCCAGCGGCGCAAGGCCCAGCUGCAGAAGAGCCGGGGUCCUGGUGCGCCUCUGCCUGGUGAGGAGCCAGUGGAGGAAACUGAGGAGCCCCCAGAGGGCAGUGUACUGGCAGAGCGACAGCCUGCCCCGUCUGAGUGUCUCAGCCCCGCACCGAGUGAGGAGAGCAGGAACUCUGGCCGCUCAGCAGAUCGGGGCAUCCCCACUCCUGACCCAGCCCCUAAAGGGCCCUUGUCCCCUGAGCGGGUGGUGCCAACAGCCAGGGGCCGCUGGCGCUGGUCCCCGGAAAACAAGCUGCAGCCACAACACUCGCCCAGCCACAGUGAACUGGAGGGCUACGGCCAGGGCCCGGCGGCCUGCAGCUCCCCACCACCACGGGGCAGCGACGAAGCAGUCCUGCUGCCCUUUGCCGACCGCCGCCGGUUCUUUGAGGAGAGCAGCCGACUGGCACCACCCCGGCACAGCAAGCCGCCAGCAGGUGAUCCCAGCACCUUCCAGCCCCCUGGCCCUGAGCACCGGGAUGUCCGCCGCCUCUCUGUGGACCAGCCCUACAGCCCACCCUCACCCAGCCGCCCUGGCUCCGCUGGCCCCUAUGCUGAGUGCUGCCGGGAGCAGCCCCACUGCUACAAGCCACUGGGGAGGCCAGGGGAGCUGGAUUACCUGCGGGGCUUUUCCUACCCCUACGGGGUUCCCCUGCGCCCUGAGCCCUGCCGCUACUGUGGAGGGGACCUGUGCCCGCCACCACGGCCCCGUGGCCACACAUGCCGCUGUCACCCUGUGUCCUGGGUGCGCUGCCCUGACUGCUGCUACCCAGCUACCCAUCCUGGGCGACAGGAGAGUGAUGCCUGGCCCCUCCGGAGAGCUUUCGUUCCAGAAUUUCCUCAGGGUGAGUGGGAACCACCUUCAAUCACCAGGAAAGUCAGCCAGUCCAUCAGUGAGCUCUCCAGCUGCCCACCCGGUUUCCCAAGGCUUGGCCCAUUCCACACCUGCCUUGAGAGCACCGAGCCAGAGUGGCCACCCUGCUACCGGGCCACAUCCACGCAUGACCUCUUGUGGGAUAGUGACCACCUGGCCCAGACCCCUGAGAGCCCCCCGGAUCCGCUGCACCGCCCACUAAGGGGCAGAGCCUUCUCUGAGAGCCAUCUCAACCUGGAACCUUCCAGCCCCUGGGGCUGUGACCAGAAGGACCUUUUCCGUGCCAAGCUGGACCCUCCCAGCAUCCCCAAAAAGAAGGGCCCUCCACCUCCCCGCCCACCUCCGCCCGACUGGGAGAAGUACAGACAGCGUCGGGCAUCCCAGCACCCGCCAGAUGGUGCUGGGCAUGGCUCUGCCUUCUCUGCUGCCCCAAUGCCAAUCCGCAGCAUUGCUGUGGCAGUGAGGGAGCGGUCACAGAGCCUCACUGGGGAGCAGAAAGGCCAGUCCUGGGGGCACACUGCUUGCCCCCCUGCUCCGUCAGGUGCCUGGCCCCGAGCUGAGGCCCCCAGAUCACUCCGCAGGACUCCUGGGCCCGAUGCUGCCAACGCUGAAAUUUGCAGGGUGUCAGGAGCCGGGGAGAAGCGGACAAAGAUGAAGCGGUCUGGGGAGAUGGAGGAGCAGCCCCAAAGGCUCAUCCAGAACCAGGAGCAGGGCCGUGCCAGUCCCCGUGGGGUGGGUGAGUGCUCCCUGUCCCUGCAUUGUGGCUCUUGCCCUGCCAUGCCGGAGGCACUUAAGCCCAGUUCUGGGGCAGUGGAGGGGGUGAGCUGCCAGGGCAGCUGGCCCCAGCCCCGCUGCAUGGACUCUGAGGAACGACUGUGGGACGUGGCUGUCAGGGACCAUUCCCUGGCCAGUGUCCUCGCCCCCUUGGCUUCCCCUGGCACCGCCAGUGAGGUGAUGGGUGAGCUGCUGGUGGCUGGGGAGCGACCGGCCUGGCGGAAGUGUCUCCAGCAGGACUGGCACCUGGAGGCCCUGCCACUGGACAGGCAAGGGUUUGAGCCCAUCUCGCUGCCUCCCAGGAGUGCUGCCAGCUCCAGCACCUUCCCAGUGCACUUUGGUGUUGCAGUGGGCAAAACUGAGCCACUCAACAAGGUAAAGGCACUGCCGGAGGUAGUGGAGGGGAGCUCGGAGGAUGAGGAGGAGGAGGUGGACCAUGAGCUGGUGGAAAAGAAGCUGCAGCUGAUCGAGAGUCUGAGCCGCAAGCUGGUGGUGCUGCAGGAGGCACAGCGGGGGCUGCAGGAGGACAUUAGUGCCAAUGGGGCACUGGGUGAAGAUGUGGCUGCUCGCCUGCAAGCCCUCUGCACCCCAGGGGAGUUCGACAAGUACCGCCUCUUCGUGGGUGACCUGGACAAGGUGGUCAACCUCCUGCUCUCCCUCUCGGGUCGCCUGGCCCGGGUGGAAAGUGCCCUGGGCAGCCUCGGGCCACACGCCCCUGCUGAGGACAAGCUGGCCCUGCGGGAGAAGCAGCGGCUGUUGGUGGCACAGCUGGAGGAUGCCAAAGAGCUGAAGGAGCAUGUGGGGCGGCGUGAGGAGGCAGUGGGUGCCAUGGUGGCACGGUACCUGCCCCCUGAGCACCUUCAGGACUACCAGCACUUCGUCAAGAUGAAGUCAGCCCUCAUUGCUGAGCAGAGAGAGCUGGAAGAGAAGAUCAAGCUGGGCCAGGAACAGCUCAGGUGCCUGCGUGAGAGCCUUGGCCAGGCCUCCAAGGACUGCUAGCCCCCCUACCCAGUCUCCCUCUGGGAUCCUGGCUGUGAUCCCAGAUUGCUAUCAAAGAGGAUCCAGCCCCUUGUGGAUUCUCCCAGUGUCUGUUCAUCUGUCCAGCCCCUGCCUUUUAUUUAUUUUUCUGAUUUACCAGGCAGGGGAGGGGGUUGCCAGUCCAGGUGCUGACAGGAGUUGUUGUGCCACAGAGCUGUCAUGGGCUCUGGCCACUCAGCAGCCUGUGGCCCAGCAAGACCAGAUGGAUGGAUGCUACCACCACUCUCAUGGGUCUUUCUAUGCCUAUGAGGUCCCUCCAGCUUGUCCUGGACACCAGUGCCUGUCUUGUAUCUGGUGCUGCACCACAUGCCUUAAACAUCCCCCAGCUACUAUUCAUGCAGCAUCUGAAAGGGUUAAACCACGCUCACCAGCUGUCCUGUCUGUUUGCCCAGCUCUGUCCAUCUGUGGGGGGGGGGAGCUGAAGGAAUUUCAGCCCCAGCAUCCUCUUCCUCCUCAUUGUGUCAGAAACAAUGGUCCUGGCCAGCAGGUUCUUAACCCACUCCCUGCUGGCUGAGAGACCACAGGGGGCCGAGGUGAGUGCCAGUAGGUGUUGUGUACCUGUGUCUUGGGAUGGUACCCUGCCAGGGCACGGAUGUUGGGACAAAUACACUGAGGCCUGCGCUACUCUCUGUCACCAAUGCUGUGGGCAUGGAGACAACCCAGCCUCAACCAGCCCUCACCUGUAGCUUCUAACUCAACACCAGGAGCGAUUAAUAGAGGAAAAACCACAUUAAGGACAAAACAGGGUACCUGUCCCCUUCUUUCUGCUGCAACAGCCACAAAUAGCACUUAGAUGUCACCCCUGCCACUGUCCAUCUGUCUCCAGGGCAUGAGCAGGUGCCUUCAUACUGAUUUUGCGCAGGGGUUUAAUGCAACCAGCAGGAGCUUGGGGCAGGGGGGUAAACGUUUUGGGGAGGCAUGUAGGCAGCAGCGCUUUGGUGUGGCCCCAUAGCUGGACAACCCAGCCCAGGGUUCAGGCAGCAUCCAUGCCUGCCUGUGAGCUCCAGCAGCAGCCCUGCUGUGUUGUUACCCCUGCUCUGGGCUACCCUUUAGCCUGUUAAACACUACAUUUCACACUUGCCUGACUCUACUGUGGGAUGGUGCCUGGCAGGAGUGGGGUCCUCAACAUUCCCUCCAUCUCAACCACCCCAGAAUCAUUGCUAGGACCAAAGACUGCACCCCCUGGGGGCCAUGCUGCUCUCGUGGUGGGGUUCAGCAGCCCUGCCUGCAUGUUGCUGCAUGCCAUUGUAUCUCUAACAGUAAAGCAGCAGCAGGAGCUGCACUUCUGUUCUA